CUGAAGACUAGUCUGUCAGCGCAGAACACACACCCACACACACACACACACACACUCACUGUCUGUCUGUCGGGAACAAACACGUACCAACCCAACUGCUCACACACGCUCCUAGGACAUGAACACUCUCAUCCUCUCCUCUCUGCUGUGUUUGGUUUUCAGUGCUCUAGGUGUCCUGGGAUCCGCAGUGACGUUCUCAGCGGGGGUGAGCCAUGUGACGGGGGCAUUGGCCUCAGGGGAAGGGGAGGAGCUACAGAGCUCUUUGGGCGAUGAAGAGGAACUGGAUCUUGAAGAAGAUCUGUCGGGAGGAACACCUACAGACGGCUCACCCCAACUGCUACGUCACGGUAAGGACCAAAAAGAAAAGGGGAGAGGUCAGCAUGUAAAACGGAAUAAAGGAAAGAAGAAGAAGAAGAAGACGAGAACCUCCACAGCCUUCAACCCUGAACACACGUCAGCAGGACACACGUCAACAGGACACACGUCGGAGUUCCCGGCCACACACACACACCAGACGUCAGGGCGUGUCACAGAGGUCACAGAGGACCCCUGUAGCUUUUCCCACAAGGGCUAUUGUAUCCACGGGCUCUGCAAGUACAUGGCAGACCUGAGAGAGCCAGUGUGUAUGUGUAAUAAAGGAUACGACGGUGAGCGCUGUGGGAUCCUGCUCCUGCCUACGACGAACAAGGAGGACAGCGGCAGAGCAGAGGUGGUUCAGAUGGUCCUGGUCGUUAUAGCUGUGGUCCUCUCGUGCGUCAGCUGCCUCGCCAUACUGCUCAUGGCCUGCACACAUUACAGAACUCAUCAGAACUUUCUGGCUACCUAUCUUGGCUCUGGCAGUGAGAAACAGCUCCAGAAAACCACACCCUGUGACAUCACAGUGUGACCAUCAACAGAGAACUUAAAGGUCUGGAACCAUGAGAACCGGGACAACCAGAGGAGAAACCGGUUCCGGCUCCUACCCAGCGGAGUGAUCUACUGAACACACUCUACAACGCCAGACAGUAUAAUUUUCUGUAGGUGAACCAGCAUAGAACCUCCUUGAGGAACCAGCAUAGAACCUCCUUGACGAACCAGCGUAGAAUCGCCUUGACGAACCAGCAUAGACCUGCCUUGAAAAACCAGCAUAGAACCUCCUUGACGAACCAGCAUAGAACCGCCUUGACGAACCAGCAUAGAACCGCCUUGACGAACCAGCAUAGAACCGCCUUGACGAACCAGCAUAGAACCGCCUUGACGAACCAGCAUAGAACCUCCUUGACGAACCAGCAUAGAACCGCCUUGACGAACCAGCAUAGAACCUCCUUGACGAACCAGCAUAGAACCGCCUUGACGAACCAGCAUAGAACCUCCUUGAAGAACCAGCAUAGAACCGCCUUGACGAACCAGCAUAGAACCGCCUUGACGAACCAGCAUAGAACCGCCUUGACGAACCAGCAUAGAACCUCCUUGAAGAACCAGCAUAGAACCACCUUGACGAACCAGCAUAGAACCUCCUUGAAGAACCAGCAUAGAACCGCCUUGACGAACCAGCAUAGAACCUCCUUGACGAACCAGCAUAGAACCGCCUUGACGAACCAGCAUAGAACCUCCUUGAAGAACCAGCAUAGAACCGCCUUGACGAACCAGCAUAGAACCGCCUUGACGAACCAGCAUAGAACCUCCUUGAAGAACCAGCAUAGAACCACCUUGACGAACCAGCAUAGAACCUCCUUGAAGAACCAGCAUAGAACCGCCUUGACGAACCAGCAUAGAACCUCCUUGAAGAACCAGCAUAGAACCGCCUUGUUAUUCUAAUUUAUUGGAUUAUUUAUUGGUGACAGAG